GGCCGUGCUCGACGCUUUCCGGAGAAGAUGAAUGUGACGUCACGUCAGAACCGGUUGUCCUGUGUUGGGUCGCAAGGCGACGGUUGCCCAAGGGGACGUAUGAUUUUGGCUGCAGACACACGCCAAGAACCACCAGCACGUGACGGAAAGGAUAAAAGAAACCACAAGAAACACCACGGGGACCUAUCCAAGACAAAAUCGCGCGUUCGGGAUUGAUCGGGGGUCUUCGCUCGGACACAAACUUCGGCUCUUUCCGGAUAAGUCGAAAGUGACGUCACCUCGGUGGAAUGUUGUAGAAGUGUGUUCGUACGUCGAACGGUCGGUUUGGUUCGGGUUCGAAUCGACGCCCAAAGGCCAACGAGACGGAACCGCCUCGCUUGGACUUUAAUGGACACGCGGAGGGAGAACACGGCUGGAGGCGGCUGAGGAGUAGAAGGCGACACGAGGGCUCCCAGCGGCCGUCGGCAUUUCACGAAGGAGGAAGAGGUCGAGUCCGAAAGACGAAGAUGAUGGUGACGGCUUUAAGUGGACGAAGAGAAACGCUGCUGGAAAUCUGCUGUUUGCUGCUUCUGAUGACCGGAAGUGGACAAAGUGGAGACUCUCAGCAGACGCAGCAUCUGUCCUCAUAUCAACUGACGUUGCCUCGCCCAAUAGGAGGCCGGUGGAGGCGGAACGCCGACGGCUCGCCGCCCAAUCAGGUGUCGUACGCCAUCGACGUGUCGGGACGCCGCCACGUAGUUCAUUUGGAGCGGAACCGGAUGCUGCUGCCUGCCAACUUCAAAGUGUUUACAUAUGCGCACGACGGACAAAUCGUCACGACGGCGCCGGACGUCCAGAAUCAUUGUCAUUUUCAGGGCUCUGUUGAAGGCAUGGAGGGAUCGUCUGUCGCCAUGAGCAUUUGUAACGGCCUCAGGGGCGUGCUGCAUCUCGACGACGACAGCUACGCCAUCGAGCCUCUCGACUCCGCCCCCGAGCAGCACCUGCUGUAUCGCCUACGGGAUGUGACAUCGCAGCCCCGUGGAUGCGGGACGCCGCACGGCCACCCCGCUCACAACCACACGGAAUAUACGCACUCAGGAGAGCGACAGGAGAUCCGCCAGCACGGCAGGGUGAAGCGAGAUGUUCUCCAUCGCACACACUACGUGGAACUCCUGCUGGUGGUGGACAAUGACAGGUACAACACCAUGAACAGGAACGAGAGCGCGGUGCGCGAGGAGAUGGUUCAUUUGGCCAACAUCAUCGAUGGCAUCUACACGCAGAUUAACGUGCGGGUGGUCCUGGUGGGCCUCGAGAUCUGGACCAGGCAGAACCUGAUCAGCACGGACGGGGGCGCCGGUGAGGUGCUCAGUCGCUUCACCCAGUGGCGAGAGAAGGAACUGCUGCCCCGUCGACGACACGACUCGGCGCAGCUCAUCUUGACGAAGAGUUUUGGGGAGACGGCGGGGAUGGCGUUUGUCGCCACCGUGUGUUCCAGAAGUCAUGGUGGUGGAAUUAACGCGUUCACGAACAACAACGUGUUGGUCUUCGCCUCCAUCGUGGCCCACGAGCUCGGUCACAACCUCGGCAUGAACCACGACGACAGCCGGCCCUGCGCGUGCCCCACGCAAGCGUGUAUCAUGAACUCCAGCGCCACAGGAUCCCGAAACUUCAGCAGCUGCAGCGCCGACGACUUUGAGAAGAUGCUGCUGCACACGGGCGGCUCGUGUCUCCUCAACGUGCCGCAACCCGAUGAGGCCUACAGCGCCCCCUACUGUGGAAACGGCUUGCUCGACUUCGGGGAGGACUGCGACUGUGGAUCGCAAAAGGAGUGCGAGAGCGACCCCUGCUGCCAGUUUAAGACGUGCAGACUGAAGCCCGGAGCUGAAUGCGCCACCGGCGAGUGUUGCUACAACUGUCGGUUCCAGCCCGGCGGCACGGUUUGUCGCGCCAGCACGAAUGAGUGCGACCUGCCGGAGUUCUGCAACGGCUCCUCGUCUCUCUGUCAGAGCGACGUCUUUGUGCAGGACGGUCAUCUGUGUCGGAAUCAGGAGGCGUACUGUUACAACGGCCGCUGUCAGCAUGCCGAAGACCAGUGCAGGAGCAUCUUCGGAGCCAAGGCCAAGAUGGCACCAGAGAUCUGCUUCAAGGAGGUCAACAGCAAAGGCGAUCGCUUUGGGAACUGUGGAUACCAAAACUACGGGUUCAAAAAGUGUGAGAGCAGAAACGCUUUGUGCGGGAAGCUUCAGUGCGCCAACGUCCAAGGCGUCAAAGCCUUUGGCAUGGAGCCAUCCAUCAUCAGCACGCCCAUAAGGGGCGCCGUCUGCUCCGGGGUGGACUUCAUGCUGGGCUCGGACGUGCCCGACCCCGGGAUGGUCAACCAGGGCACCAAGUGCGGCCGGGAUAAGGUUUGCCUCAACUUUGAGUGUCGUAGCGCGGACGUCCUCAACUUUGACUGCGAUGCUGACAACAAAUGUCGCGGGCAUGGGAUAUGCAACAACAAUCGGAACUGUCAUUGUGAAGACGGCUGGGCUCCGCCCUUCUGUGAGUUGCCAGGUUAUGGGGGGAGCGUGGACAGCGGGCCCACCUGGAACGACAAAGACCGGUCACUGAGGGACGGUCUUCUCGUGUUCUUCUUCUUGGUACUUCCUCUGACCGCGCUAGCUGCCUUCGCCUUUCUGCGCAGGAAGCAGCUGCUGCAGUACUUCGGCCUUUCGCGGAGGGGGCGCUCUCAGAGUUACCGGCCGGAAGGCGCACCGUCGGGUAAUCCCAGCAGAGGACCGCCUCCCAGGACUCAGCCGCCUCCUGUUGCCCGUGGCAACGCCAACAACAUCCUCAGAAACGCGCAUAACAGUCAGCUUCUGCUGCCACACGAGGUGGUGCAGACAAGCAGGAGCGCUACCUCGUACGCUGUGAGGCCACCGCCGCCACCUUUAAAACCCAAACCCUCUGGUGCAGCUCAACCUCUGAUGCCUCAAAGAUCUGCCCCUGCGCCACCCAUAUAAGCACUUUCUCUAUCAGGAUUCCGCACUGCCUCCUCCAGGCUUAGCCCCACUGAAUGACGGCCAGGAAGCAAGAAACCGGGUCUUAGGCGGAUCUGGAGCAAAAAAAAAAGAACUUGUCAGAAACCAUCCAAUCAGAUGUGAUGAAUAUUAAGUGGCGGUAUCACUCAUAUGCUGCCGGUGCUGUUCAUGCUAGCUUAUUAACACUUGCUGGCUAAUGGCUAAUAGCAACCAGGCCUGAGAGCAGCUUCUCUCUGAUUGGCUGCUUUGAUAACAUCAAAAUCAAAACCACUAUGGCAGGAGUGCGACGUCUGCCUGUUUUUUUUGCUUGUUUUUAAUUGUUUAUGCGGCGAUGCCCAACGUGGAACGAGACCACUGGUGCAGAGACUGAACAACAAAAUUUCUUGAGCAUCACUCGCAAAGAAAUUUGAUAUUGAAAAACACCACUGUCGGGGUGCUCAACGCAUAGCUCAAUGGUAGAGUGGUUGUCUCCCAACCCAUUGCGACCUUGUUGAAGUGUCCUUGAGCAAAAUGUUGAAUCCCCCCCAGUUGCUCCUGAUGCUGCGUCAUCAAUAGGUGAAUGUGGUAACACUGUACGUCGCUUAACAAAGCGCUUAACAUAACAGUUAACAUAAAGUAAAAUAAUAAACACAACACAUAACAUAAAACACCGACAGUCAUGCACUUCUAACACACUUCACACACACAAACUAGCAAAAAAUGUUGAUGAACUGAAGACUGCAACUAUCGAUUACUUCAAUAAUUGAUGAAUUUGUUGAUUGUAUUUUAAAUGAAUCAGAUUUUUUUUUUUUAAUCCCUCCCUUAGUACACCAAAAUCAGAAUAGCUUGUUCAAGAGAUGUGUUUGUACAAGACGAGCGCUCAAGCAAACGGCGACUUGGCAGAGUGUGCGAUGUGGACUGUUUGGACUUUUCCUUUCCUGCCAGCGCACCCUGCGCCGGAAUAACUGCUGUGUUUGACCGUGCCAGCAACCAACCGGAACUAACAGGAAGAACCGGUGUCCUCUGGUGGCACUCAUCUGGACGGUCAUUGGAAUGUCAAAUGUCUCAAAAAGUGCUCUCUGGUUUGGUGUACUUGGUUCAAUGACGUUGCUCUGAAUCAGCUCGGCGAAACACACACGAGGACAACAACUUCCUGUCCACACUGAUGAAAUCACACAGCCAAACUGUCAACAUCAUUAGCAUCGUCAUCAACUGUCCACUGCGGUGUGUUCGGAUUGUUCGCCACUUACAGGAGAUGCCAUUUAAUCAUUAUGUUCUUUUAUUCAAGGGAUUCAGAGUGAAUCCGAUAUUUGUGUGUGUGCGGGUAUGUGUGUGUGUGAGAGAGAUGGAGAGAAAGCAUGGUUGUCUUUUUUUUUCCACCCUCAGCAGAUUUUAAAUUUGACAUUGUGUGUUCAAGCCAUUAAAAUAUAUUCUCUGCUUCCUGAACAUGUAAGAUGAAAAUGACUUGAUUGUGUUGAAAUUGAUAACUCCCAUCAGUAGUAUUUCCUGCUUGGUACACUGUUAUCUCAAAUAUUGCCCCGAACCACAAAAAUGUCAUGGGAAAUAAUAGUUUUAUUUUUCAUUUGUCAAUAGGAUCACAGGUGCUACAAUAUUAGAAAUGACAUCCAAUGAUCAUAUGAUUUUGACUUUGUUUCCGUAACUGUCGCGGGAUGCCUGAAUAAUGUUUGUUCAUAAUGAUUGCUUGGACUUAAAACAAGAGCCUCAUGUAUAUUAGUAUAUAGACUUCUUCCUCUUUUCCUUUCGGCUUUUCACUUCAGGGAUCGCCACAGCGAUCAACAUCCUUAAAGCAAAUACACCAUC